AGAGCUGGGAGGGUCCCAACGCCUUCUCCGGGCCCGUCUCUCUCCGGUCUUCAGAACCCAGGCCCAUCCGCCGCUCAACGGCAGGCUGCCUGCGCGACAGAUCUGCCCUCGAGCGUGUGGGGUUGGGAGUCCCCCCGCGCCACCUCCUGGCUUGCACGACGGAUUUCACCUGUUGCCCGAGACCCCAACCUUCCUGGGCUUUGUCGUGACGCACCCCCUCCCCCUUUACUCUGGUUUUCCGCAGGGGAGGGGGCAGGAAAGUACCUGAGCGCGGCGGCGGCAUGGAGGCGCGCUUCACGCGCGGGAAGUCGGCGCUGCUGGAGCGCGCGCUGGUGCGGCCGCGCACGGAGGUGAGCCUGAGCGCCUUCGCGCUGCUCUUCUCGGAGCUGGUGCAGCACUGCCAGAACCGCGUGUUCGAGACCAAGGUGCGGGGCGCGCUGCUGUUCGUCAAGGGCGCGGUGUGGAAGGCGCUGUUCGGCAAGGAGGCCGACAAGCUGGAGCAGGCCAACGACGACGCGCGCACCUUCUACAUCAUCGAGCGCGAGCCGCUCAUCAACACCUACAUCUCCGUGCCCAAGGAGAACAGCACGCUCAACUGCGCCAGCUUCACGGCGGGCAUCGUGGAGGCGGUGCUCACGCACAGCGGCUUCCCGGCCAAGGUCACGGCGCACUGGCACAAGGGCACCACCCUCAUGAUCAAGUUCGAGGAGGCCGUCAUCGCCCGAGACCGCGCCCUGGAGGGCCGCUGACCUCGCAGGGGAGGAAGUCUGCAGAGAGCCCCCUUCCCGAGCGUGGUGUGUGUGCGUGCGUGCUCCACACCCACCUUGACCCAGGUCCCUGCCCCAGCUUGGUGAGGGACACCAAGGCCCUAACGCAUUUAUAGUAAGUGGAGAGUGGGGACCGGCAUGGCCCGAGUUGGAUUCUAGGGGGUGCUCUCCUGAGGUCGGAGGAGGAGGCCUGAAGCUGAUGGCUAUCUGGGAUCUGCAGACUGGAGAGGUGGGGAACGGGAGUUCCGGGUGGAGGGAUCGGGCCAAGAUCCACUCGCCUUGAGCAGGAGUAGGCAAACUUUGUACAGAGAACCAGACAGUAAAUAGUCCAUGCUCCA